UAUUGAGAAUUUGUAAAUAAAUGAAUCACACUAUUUUGCUAUGGGUGAUGGUCUUUGCUUUAAUUAAAUAGACACUUGACAAAUUGGUUGGAUUUUUAUGGCCAAAAUAGCUGGGAUUUUACAAUGUUUUGUAAACACACUAUGUGAUUUUGUGUGCAGCCAACCAGGGGCCAAAGAGGUGCUCACCGCCUUUAUCUGCUCCAAAUAUUCAAAUUAAAUCUAGUGAGCUGUUUUUAAAUCUGACGUCUAUAUAUAAACACGUAAAUGAAGUGUGUGGAGUUUUAAAUUGAAGACUUCCUAUCUCACCAAGCUAUUUAGAAGGAUAUAUGUUAUGUUUAAUUCUUUUCAUACUCAAAUAUUGAGUAGAUAUUUAUAUAUUGAUGGUUUAUCAGAGUUGGCGGCCUUCAUAGUAUAGAACAAAUAAAAACACCGUUAGGCUGGUUAUGGACACAUUAUAGUAGACAUUUUAUCGACCAGUUUGAAAUUGUGUAAAGCUGUCGAAAGUUCAUCACAGAUUUAUCAACGGUUAAAUUUCUACAGUUUUCUUCGCUUGACUGUUGUUUUAAGAAAGGGACGUUCUACUUCAGUGAUUAUUUUGUAGCUUGCAUAAUUUUGAAAAAAUGGAGGGAGAACAUAAGAAGAGUGCACAGUCUCGAUUGUUUAUUAAAGGAGGAAAGAUAGUGAAUGAUGACCAGUCUAUCUUUGCAGAUAUAUACAUUGAAGAUGGAGUUAUCAAACAAAUUGGUACGAACCUGGUCAUUCCCGGUGGGGCUCGUACCAUUGAGGCGCAGGGCAAGUUGAUUAUACCAGGUGGUAUAGACACUCACACACACAUGCAGCUCCCAUUCAUGGGCACGCAGGCAGCUGAUGACUUCUAUUCCGGGACAAAAGCUGCCCUAGCUGGAGGCACCACAAUGAUAAUCGAUUUUGUGUUAGACCAAAAAGGUGUCCCAUUGUUAGAUGCGUAUGAUAAAUGGCGUAACUGGGCGGACAACAAAGUUUGUUGUGAUUAUGGUCUCCAUGUUGCUGUCACUUACUGGAAUGACAGUGUAGCUAAAGAAAUGGAAGUUUUAGCUAAAGAAAGAGGUAUUAAUUCAUUCAAGAUGUUUUUAGCAUAUAAAGAUGUGUUUAUGUUGGAUGACAGUGAGUUGUAUGCAGCAUUCAAGAGAUGUAAGGAACUGGGAGCUUUAGCUAUGGUUCAUGCAGAAAAUGGUCAUCUAAUUGCUGAGAAAGCCCAGGAGAUGGCUGAGCAGGGCAUUUUUGGACCAGAAGCCCAUGAAAUGUGUCGCCCAGAGGAGGUAGAGGCAGAAGCUACAAAUCGUGCCAUCAUGUUGGCCAAUCAGGCAAACUGUCCGCUAUAUGUUGUACAUGUGAUGAGCAAAUCCUCCGCAGAUGUCGUAUGUGCGGCACGUAAACGAGGAUGUGUAGUAUUUGGUGAACCAAUCGCUGCUAGUCUAGGUACAGAUGGUACUCAUCAGUGGAACAAGUGUUGGCGCCAUGCAGCUGGUCAUGUGAUGGGCCCACCACUUAGACCUGACCCAACCACACCCUCCUAUCUCAUGGACCUGCUUGCUAAUGGUGAUUUACAAGUGACAGGGACAGACAACUGUACAUUCAAUGCUGAUCAGAAGGCUCUAGGAAAAGAUGACUUUAGAAAGAUUCCAAACGGUGUAAACGGUGUAGAAGAUAGAAUGUCAGUUAUCUGGGAAAAGGGUGUGACAUCUGGUAAAAUGGACCCCUGUAGAUUUGUAGCAGUCACUAGUAGUAAUGCUGCUAAAAUAUUCAAUAUUUAUCCACAAAAGGGAAGGAUAGCUGUAGGUUCAGAUGCUGAUAUAGUUAUCUGGGACCCAAAACAAACACGGACAAUCUCCGCAAAAACCCACCACCAGGCUGUAGAUUUUAAUAUCUUUGAAGGCAUGGUUUGUCAUGGUGUACCCUUGUAUGUUAUCAGUAACGGACAUGUAGUUGUCGAUGAGGGACAGUUGAAAGUGACUCAAGGUCAAGGUCGUUUUAUCCCCACCCCUUGUUAUGCCGAGAAAGUAUAUGGAAGAGUAGAAGCUUUAGAAAUUGCUCGUAAACCAGUUAAAGUUGAUCGAGAGGUGUACGAAGGUCCUGUCACCGAGGUGAAGAUGAACAGUGUUGAAAUGACUCCACCCAUCCAUCGUAACAAAGUGGACAACGUUAUAAUGGGAGAUGAUAUGUCAAAUGAAUUCCACAACAGGCCGCCAACAAGAUCUGGAGGUCGAAACCAACAGGACUCUAGCUUUUCUUUCAGUGCUGAUAAAAUUCUACGGAAAAUAUUAUUGCGAUGCGAAGGUGGGUGUGCAGAUUUUGAUUCGGGUGGGGAAUAUGAAUCCUGUGGGGAAUAUGAUUCCUGUGGAAAUUACGAGCUAUAUGGGAGUCAAGUUGAUGAUAAUAUUGCUAGGAAAAAGACGAUCCGAGUUGCAGCUCCACCUGGUGGUCAAUCUUCAAGCCUCUGGUAGAACUAUUUUACCGUCUAGAAUCUUCAAAUUAACUUGAUGUACAAUUUUGUAUAGACAUUCAGUUAUACUAUACUACAGCAAGAACAUUUCUUAUGUUUUAUUAUCUUGUUUCAUUGCGUCAUUCUUAUUUAACAUUGCUAGAUUAUUACACAGUAUACAAAGUGGCAAGUCCCACAGUGGGUGGGGUUUGAACUCUUGUAUGAUUCGGUUUUGUGGGGCCAUUUUUUUUUUAACUAUGAGCAUUCUAAAGUUAACAGAUACCAUUCUUUACAUGAAUACUUCACGUCACCUAAGUAGGGCUAGAUAAGUUUUUGAAAUUUUGUGAAUGAUUUUAAAAAAAUCUUGAAAAGGGGAAAUCAAAUUAGGAGAUGUUUAAUUUUUAUUUAUGCAAAAUUUUAGUGGAAAUUUCUUGUUUGAUGUUUGAGGAAAGAAAAUGUGUAAACAUGAAUAAAAUAUAAUUUGCUGUUAACUUAAAAUGGGUUGCUAGGCAAUAAUAUUAACAUAUUCCAAGUUUAGUGAUGUUUAUAUUGGUUAUUUUACGUCCUAUAGGGCUAAGUCUCACAUUAAUUAUUGAGAUAUAUAGGUGUGUAAGAUGGAUUUCAAGCUUAAUGUGUUCAGUGUGUUUAUAUAUCCCCUGCUUCAUGUAUUCUUUUGUCAAGCUCAACAUUUUUUAUGUCGCAUCAGUGUGAAACUUACGUCACUGAAUGAAAAUAAAAUAUGAAAGACAAUAGGUUUUGUAUUAAUGUGAUGAAUAUAAUGGUUACUAGCAUUGUUUCAUUUGUCAGCAUUUAUCAUUUCCAAAAAUAUCAAAUUAUGUUUAAGCUGCCAACUUGUGACUUACAAGUAAAAAGAUCUACAAACAUUUUAUACAAGCAGUUUGAAAGUGUAACAUAAUCAUGUGAUAAAUUAAAAAAGGGGUACUGAAACCUUACCAGAUGUGUUUUCCCAGAAAAUUUAAAAUAUCGGUAACUUUUUGUCAUUAUUAAAUAAUGACUCGCAUUGAAUGUUCACAUAUUAAUUCUAUGUAAUUAAAGUGAGAUAUAUGAAUGUCCUCGUGUUAAUUUUCAUCUUUUAUUUAAAUGUUAAAACAUAUAAUGAGGAAUGCAUACAUUAUCCAUAUAUUCAUUUACACAGACUAUAGUAUUUAAGAUACAUACUCGGCUAUAAAGCUGAUCACCCUUAUAAGACGGGGGUGCCAUUUUUGUAUUGGUUCAGCAGUCUUAUAUAAGGAAUUUUAAUUUCUUGAUAAACAAAUUUGAAAGGAAGAAAAGCAAAUUAUUUAUAAUGAAAAAAUUAUUUCUAUUUAUACUCCAUAUGUAUUUGGAAUUGAUAUAGUAAACCUUAUUGCCUUGCUUUUUUAAUGACGAGUGAGUGAAACAAAAAUAAUUCAAAUAAAUGUUGUCUGUAUACAGUGUCUCUAUUUAUAGGAUAAUAAAUUAUCAUCAUUUUUAGAGUGAUUUACUGGUAUAUAAUUGUAAAAUUCUUUUUGUAAGAUUCUUAAUGAACCAAUUUUCAGGCACAUUGCUGAAACAUUGAAAGUAUUGUUAAAUUUU